AUGUUGUUCCCUUUUGCUGCAGGAUGGCCGUUUGGAAUAUUCGCAUGGUUGGAAAUAAAUCCAGCUAUUCAAACUACAGUAAUUGUGACCGAGAUUGGACUAACAAUUCUAUCCAUUCUUGUGCUUUUCGAAAAUCGUUACACAUUUUUAUCUUCUAAUAAUAAAGUCUGGGCUCGCACUCGAAGCUACACAAUACGAUUAUUGCACGUGGUUGCCGUAACCUACUUUAUCCCAUUCAAUUUUCUCAUUCCAAACCAGGAAAUAGCAAUUUCAGCUAUAACUCAGAAAUUUCCGACGCUCCGUACGUUUUAUUCUGGUCCGAUAUUCGUACUUACUCAAGAUGCCACUCUUGUUGUAGCCGUCACUGCAUUUAAAGUCAAAGGAUCAAAGUCAAAUGGGUAUAGAAGAAGAGAAUCGGAUGGUAGCGUGGAGCUCGGAGGAAUUAAUGGGCUAGAGGACACUCAACUCAUGACACAAGAAUCGGUGAAGAAAAACGACAAAAAGACUGCUAUCCGAAAUCAAGAUUGUCAGAAUUCCAUAGCAAAUGUUGUUGACAUGUCAACAGAAUUCAGAUGUUUAAAAUCGUGGCUGAUGGUAUCAGUCCGACGAUCUCCACAGUCUGACACUGAGCAGUCGAGAAAUAUCAGAACCAAUACCAAACAAAUGGAAAUCAGCAGGAAAAAUGAGUUCGAAGAUCAAACGAGAUCUAGACGGGCUUUAAUGAUUUCCCGGGCAGCUGCCAGACGACCAGAAGAGCUUAUGAUGUGA